CAUACUAUCCAUUAUUAUGCAUUUCAAUCAAUAAUACAACUCCAAGUUAUUAUGUAUAUAUAUACAUUUUUAUGGACAGCAGGGCUGACUGAGAGAGACGGACAGAGACGAUCAGAGCGGAUCUGAAACCCAAUUAAUAAUAGCAUUAGAAGCGCCCAUUAAAUCCGUCUACAUUUGUUUGUUUGCUCUUUAAAUUUGCCCUGUUCGGUGUCUCCUCCUGCUGUAGUUCACAGUACAAAACCAUGAGGAUGGGAUUACAUAAAUAAAUAUGUCCUGAAUUACUCUUAAAAAGAAAGUCGCUCAUAAUUGCUGUGAGGAGUGUAAUUUUAGUUUUCCAGGAGCAAUCGGCAACAUUGUGACCUAUUCACAAUGGGUAUUUGGGAUACUUUUUUGAAUUGGCUUCGCAGUCUAUUUUUCAAGCAAGAGAUGGAGCUCUCUUUAAUAGGGCUCCAAAAUGCAGGGAAGUCAUCACUUGUAAAUGUUGUCGCGACCGGUGGCUAUAGUGAAGACACGAUUCCUACUGUUGGGUUUAACAUGCGAAAAGUGUGCAAGGGAAAUGUGACAAUUAAACUAUGGGACCUUGGAGGUCAACCUAGGUUCCGUAGCAUGUGGGAACGUUAUUGUCGUGGAGUCUCAGCAAUUGUAUAUGUUGUAGAUGCUGCAGACGGGGAGAACCUGUCUAUGUCCAGAAGUGAGCUGCAUGAUUUAUUGAGCAAGCCUUCAUUAAAUGGGAUUCCCUUGUUGGUACUCGGGAAUAAAAUAGAUAAGCCAGAAGCUGUUUCAAAGCAGGCAUUGAUUGAUCAGAUGGGCCUUCAAUCUAUUACGGACAGAGAGGUUUGUUGCUAUAUGAUAUCAUGCAGGAACUCCACAAAUAUUGAUGUUGUUAUUGAUUGGCUUGUGAAACACUCCAAAACAGCAAGCUGAGUUUUGCUCAAGACUACGAGGCUUAAUGGGUCUUCAUUUUGAUGAGAGAUUAUACGAGGCUCAAUUGUUGGGGAGCUGAUAGUUUGGUAAAAUUUGAUCGAGCAAUCUACAGAGGGUUUCAGUUCCAAACUUCAGUCCUCGUGUCUUAGAGCAUUUUUAUAUUAUUUCUUGUUCAAAAUGUCAUUGACCAUUUCUAGAAGGAUGACAACCGAAUGGCAAAUAUAGAGGUUUACUAGGCAUAUUUUAAUAGUUACACCUAUGGGAAAGCAUGAAAUGUUCUAUAUUUUAUUUGAUUUCUGGGCAAUUCUGCUCAUUAUUAAUCUGAUAUUAAGCCAUUUCCAUUGUAAGUGCAUUAUCAUCAGAGUGCAUAAAUGCGUAUUUUCAAUCAUGUAAAUCACUUCGUGAUUUUUCAUCUUUCAAUUCUAGGUCUUUUAUGCUUGUGCUACAUUGAA